AUGCUAGGUUCAUCUAUUGCUUGGCUGUUCUUGGGUUUCUACUGCGUCAUUUAUAUUCCUUUGCGCUUCAUGAAGCUUUUAAUUGCAUGUAAGAGCUACAUCAGUGGGAGGGCCAGCCUUAUUCCUUGCCCCAAUCUCGAAAUAGCUACCAGGUUGGCUUCGAAUGCUGGAAUCAAGCCUUCCAGUUGGUAUCGAGAUACAGUACUAGAAUGGGAAUUGCCUCUGUGGUACAUUUGGUGCCCAGUUUGUUUUGCCUCACGGGUAGUGAUUCGGCCGGUGACUGCCCCGCUUCUCCGAUCCGACUUCCCCGCUCCGAGCAGGUCAGUCCGUCCGGACGAGACGGUCAGCCCACCAAUCACCAACCACACCCUCCAUCCUGCCCCUUGCACAUCACUACUCAACUGUACUAGCCGUCAGAUGCCAGACUAUAUGCAUAAAAAGCCAAAGCUGACUCCAGAUCUACUAGUCUAUCAGACGAUGAUGACAGAAUACUUGAUCGCUGGCCUUGCCCAAGGCCAGCACCUCCUCUUCAACUUCCCCUUGGCAGGUCCCCUCCCUUCGCGGCGUCGCAUCCGCUGUGCCGCUGUCACCCCGCACACUCUCUUCCCUGCGCAUCACACGGACAUGCGCAGACGAGGAGAAAUGAAGAUCUCCGUCUCUACCGUCGCUAUUCCGAGCCUUCCCCGCGUUCUCUGCUGUUACCUCCCGGUACCCCAACGGGCCCAUUGGGUUACAUUACAUAUCGGGCCAUGUCUCUGA